GUCAAAACGCCGACACUGCGAUAUAACGAUACAGUUGCUGACACCGACCUGGAAAGUAAUAAUUGGUCCCUUGACAGUUAAUUAAAAGCGUCACCAUACAAGGAUUGAGUGUGUUCAUUGUGUUCUCAGCUCGUGUGACAGUGAACAUCUGGAAAGAUGCUGAUGAUAAGGAGGUCUCUACAAUGUGUCUCACAGCGUUACAUGUCUAUAGUGACCGGCUCAAACUCACAGGUCACACAGCCUCUCAACUACAUAGGAGGUCAAAGGGCAGAGCCAAAAAACUCACCAAACACCUUCAAUCUCACAUCUCCAGCCACAGGUGAGGUUCUCAGACCCGUGGGUAAUGCUGGAAGUCAGGAUGUUGAUGAGGCUGUGUCUGUAGCUCAGCAAGCCUUUAAAACCUGGUCAAAGAUGGCUGGCUUUGAGCGGGGAACAGUACUGAAGAAAGCUGCUAACAUAAUCAGGGAGCGGUCUGAGGAGCUGGCGAGGACGGAGGUCCUGGACACAGGGAAACCAAUUUGGGAGGCUAGAUAUGACAUUCAAGCCUGUGCUGAUACCAUCGAUUAUUAUGGAGGACUGGCUGCCAAAAUAGCAGGAGAGUACCAGCAGUUAGCCAAUGGAAGCUUUGCUUACACAAUCAAGGAGCCCCUGGGUGUGAUCGGGGGGAUUGGCGCCUGGAACUACCCAUUUCAGAUGGCUGCAUGGAAGACGAGCCCGGCCCUUGCUGCAGGCAACACCAUAGUGUUCAAACCAUCACAGUUUACACCCCUCACUGCUGUCAUGCUGGCAGAGAUCUACACGGAGGCUGGACUCCCACAUGGCUGCUGUAAUGUCAUCCAGGGUGAAGGAGAAACGGGACAGUUUUUAAGCAACCACACAGGUGUGUCCAAGAUAUCAUUUACAGGCAGCGUUCAAACCGGCAGCAAAAUCAUGGAGGCAUGUGCUAAGCAAAUCCAUCACGUGACCUUGGAGCUGGGAGGAAAAUCUCCUUGUAUUAUCUUUGAGGACAGUAAUCUGGACGAUGCGGUGACCGGCGCCAUGCUGGCUAAUUUCCUCAACCAAGGCCAGGUCUGCUCCAAUGGGACAAGAGUGUUUGUACAAGACAGUGUGAUGAAACCUUUCCUGGAGAAAUUGGUGGAGAGAACCAAGGGGAUGAAAAUUGGUGACCCAAAUGAUGAGGACACUACUGUGGGUGCUACUAUCAGCCCCGAACAGGCACAGAAGACUCUAAAGUACAUAGACAUCGCCCGAACAGAGGGCGCUAACGUCCUGUAUGGUGGUGAACGUGUAACACCAAGCCCCAGUCUGGCUGGUGGCCACUACAUCCGGCCCUGUAUACUGACUGGUUGCCAAGACAACAUGCGAGUGGUCAAGGAGGAGGUGUUUGGCAGCGUCAUGUCCGUCCUGAGCUUCUCCACUGAUGAUGAGGUCAUCGCUCGUGCCAAUGACACAGAAUUUGGACUGGCAGGAGGAAUCUUUACAAAUAAUUUACAGCGAGCUCACAGGGUAGCAAGCAGUCUGGAGGCCGGCUCUCUCUACAUCAAUACCUACAAUGUGUACCCAGUGGGCGUACCGUUUGGCGGCUACAAGAAGUCGGGUAUUGGACGUGAAAAUGGAGCAGACACACUGGACUACUACACACAGAUCAAGUCAGUGUAUGUGGAGAUGGGGCCAGUAGAAGCCCCCUUCUGAACAGCCAGAGUUUACAUAGGGCCAGAGCAAGACCAUGACUAUAUAGGGCCAUACCUAGGGUAGACUCCGAUAUGGACAGGCGUCAUUAUUAAGGCCCAGGAGAAGAGGGGAUAGACUCUGAUUGGAACCGACCUUCUGUAAGGCCUUGUCAUACUGGGGUUACACUCUGGCAGGGAACAAGCUUAUGAAGAGUCAUACCUGGAUAGACCCUGGUGGCAACAGUACUUUUUGUUGGUCUUGCCUGGGGUAAACAAAAAUAGAGACACUAAAAAUGUGGAGUCAGACUCAAUAAAAUAUAAAACCUGCCUGGAACAAAGGCAUGAUUUCCUAAAAAAAGCGUUCAUGAAGAAUUUUUAUUGAUGAUAAAAAAGGAUCCUUUAAACCAGGAGUUUCAAUACAAAAAGGGUAUUAAGACCUUUUGGAAAUGUUAUGGUAUGGUUGCUGGGGUCUAAAAUCAUACAUUUGUGCUCUCUAGGAAAAAGAUAUUGUAUGUGGUGGAGGGCACAAAAAGAUGCUUCCACUCCUGGACAUAUUGAUGACAAAGUUGUUAUAUGAAUAUAUUGUUUAUGAUCAUGUGAGUUAAAAUUUUAUGUACAAGAUGUUUUUACUGUUUUGAGAAAACAGUAUAUAUUGAGACAUUUCAAACUUAUUUAGGGGUUUGUCGACCAAAUGUUGUAUGAAUAUAACCAAGAAUUAUUUCAUAGGAAUGCAAAAUAUUUAUUCCAGCACAUUGUGUAUUAACACUGCCACUUACUAAACAGGUAUAUUAUAUGUAUGAUAUUAUGACAAUCAGGAUUAACUAACUUCAUCAUGUACUCAGCCUGUGCUGGGAAAAUCUGGUCCAGAUUGUUAUUUUUAAUGUAGUAAUUUGUUUUUUAUCUGGACACAACAACGAACAGCAUACUGUAUAGCUGCUAAUAUUCACGAGGGUUUUAAUUUCGCAAAUUUCCUGAAUGCAUUAAAAUUUGCAAAAUUAAAACUCUCAUGAAUAUUUUGAGAUUGUUAGGUUGUUUGUUACUGGUAGUAACAAGUACUCGGAAAUCUUUGAGAGGUGUUCCAAAAGAGACUUACAGAAAUUGUGAUUCACGAAAUUAAACCCCACGAAUACUAAAUCGCGAAAUUUUAACCUAGCAAAAUUUAACAACUUUUUACUAUAUAGUACUGAGAAAUUAGUGUCAUAUUUAUUGUUGGUUGUAGUGCCGUAUGAGAAAUAAUGAUUUUGUUUUAAUGGGUGCAUCUAACAUGUUUUCUGUUUUAUAUGACAUACCGAUCAAUAACUGUAUAUUAGUCAGAAGUCUGGGUUGGGGGUCAGAGGAACCUCUAACAUGUUUUCUGUUUAUAUGACAUACCGAUCAAUAACUGUAUAUUAAUCAGAAGUCUGGGGUGGGGGUCAGAGGAACGUCAGACUAAUGUGUAACCUGUCUUCCAAUGUGAUGUCAGCUAAAACUAAUCUUAAUGAACUUGUAAGUCACUCUUUUCCAAGCUUUCGGGCUUAGCCAUCACUAUAAAACCUAUCUCAUAUAAUAAAACUAAUCUGUUUAAUAUGUACUGUCAUUAUCAAAGAUUUACUUUAUAAGCUAACAAUGUAUUUAAGUGUCACAUUUAAUAUCUACAGUAGUUGUGUAUAAAGUAAAACUUGAGUCAUAGCUUGACAAAGGAACCAGACAGCCUUGAAACAUUGCGACUCAUUUAAUCACCUCUGCGUUGGGAGGCAACGAUAAGCGCGGACGGACCGAUCCGGCGUCCGCGAUGGUUAUGCCACAGAAAACGGUCAUUGGUGCGUCUAGAAUUCAGCGUACUGACCGAAACGAUAUCGA